AUGUGGGAAUACUAUGAUGGCAGAUCUGUUCUAGUGACUGGGGGAUCUGGAUUUUUAGGGACGGCCAUUGUACAUCGUCUUCUAAGCCGCUCAUCUGUAUGCCAUGUCUAUUUAAUUUGUCGCGGGGGAGAAAAAAAGCUUCGAUCUAAAUGGAAAGAAUGGCUGCCCUUUGGAAUGGUUGAGAAGUUAUGUGAUUCAGCUCAUCUUUCAGUGUUUGAUGGAGACAUCCUAUUGCCAGAUUUGGGACUUGAGCCAACAGAACUGAUGACCCUACGCCACGCCGUCCAAAUUGUCAUCCACGCCGCAUCAUCUAUCAGCCUAGCGAAACCCCUACAAAUUCUAUCAAAAUCGAUUAUCGCUGCAAGUGAGGCAAUCGCAGAGAUCUCACUCACUUUCAAGGACCUUGAUCGUUUCAUCUAUGUGUCUACCGCAUACGCGAAUACCCAUCUUUACACUCGCUCCGAGAAGCCCGGAAUUGACUUGAACGUUGAAGAACGUUUCUACGAUCUUGAAAAGCAAGGAAAUACCAUGGAAGAGUGGGAAAGCGUUCGGAGGUACGGGACAAGCGAGGCAUACGAGGCUGAAGACUUCCCCUGGGACUAUGCCUAUGCUAAACAUCUGACGGAACGGCUUCUAUUGCAUCGCUUCUCUCAACACGCUUCUGAAGACAAACUCCUCAUUGUCCGGCCCUCUAUCAUUGGACCAGCCCAGUGUUUUCCUUUUCCUGGAUACAGUAUGCCUACGUCAACUCCAUCCACAAUGCUAGCUGCAGCAAUUGCACUAACCCCCUCCUGGAGAUGCGUAAUCGCGACGCGCAUGGCGUUACCGGAGGCAGAGGUCACCGCAGAUGAGGUUCCCGUCGAUGUUGUUGUCGAUCGACUUCUCAGCCAUCUGGCUGCAGGACAUCGUGGCUGCGUGCACGCUGUGAGUGGAACAAGAGCCCGCAUGAGCUCCCAAGAAUGGUGGGAAUCAGCUAUGAAGCUUCGCCGAAUACCUUGGAAAGUGCGACCACUCUGGCUAGACCUUGAUUGGAAAGACCAAAAGCAACAUUCGUUUUCACGAUUAUGGGUAAUCUUAGGAACCUCAUUUUCAUUUUCCGAGGGCCGAACGCUAGCACUGAGCCGCGAUCUUGACCAUGGAAAGCCUUCGGAUCUACAGCUUUUCACUCGCAUUCAUAUGAGUGAUCAUUUGAUGCACAGAGAGAGACAUGUUAAAUAUGUCAUGGAAAAGAUCUCCCAGAAAAGUACACGGGCUUGGUUCAUUAACAAUGUUUUUUAUCGAAAUUUUGGUCAUAGCAAAUGA